AUGGAUGAACAGUCAGAAUCUUCUUUCUUUCCCACAGCAGGACUCUUGCUGCUCCUGAGUGCAAGCACUACUUCGCUUGGCCGUCAAUUGUGGACCGCUCAUCCAGAAAAUGAAACCCACGGUGGCAGAGGUUUCUGGGAACGAGAAGUGCUGGAGAACUGGGAGAGCGUGAGGCUGGUGUCCAGACGUUGGUGGAAAUCGGCUUGGAUAUCUAGUUUUCGGAUGAGCAAGAAGACGUUCAAGUUCCUACUGUGCCGAUAUCGACAUUUGUUUGAGAGGGACACAACACAUCUUCGAAAGACGAUUUCCCCCGCCAAGCGCCUUGCCAUAACACUGUAUUUUCUUGCUCAUUCUGAAACAUAUUCUGAGAUCGCUGCCCUGUUCUUCAUUGGUUCGAGCACUGUUGGGGAAAUUGUCCACCAGACCAUCGACUCCCUCUAUGCUGAAGUCGCGCAAGAGUCCAUCGUCUUUCCUGUUGGGCCACAACUCCUACGCACCAUGAGACGUUUCGAGGUGUUGAGCAAUCUACCAAUGUGUUGCGGUGCUGUGGAUGGGACUUUCACGCAGAUAACAAAGCCAGUUCUGUAUGGUGACCGUUAUUGGUGCUACAAGGGCUACACGUCAAUCCUUCUCCUAGCGUGUGUUGAUAGCCGUGGUCUGUUUACCUAUGUGGACAUCGGUGCGCCUGGCUCAGCGGGAGAUGCUGCUGUCUAUAACAUCAGUCAACUGAAGCGGAAUAUAGAUGACAAAAUAUGGCUCAACGCACCUGUCUGGCUUUGCCCGGAUGGAACAACCAUUCGCCCAUAUCUGGUGGGAGAUAGCGCAUUCCACUCUCUACAACUUUGA